AUGGAUGAUGAUGAUGAUGAUGAUAAUCAACUAUCUAUUCUCACCAGUCGAAACAAAUACGCUGUUUUCAUUAGCUUCAGAGGAGAAGAUACCCGCUCUAGUUUUACCAGUCAUCUCUACAAAGCACUCAUCAGCAACGGAAUCGAAACCUACAUCGAUGACAGACUUGAACGAGGAGAUCAGAUCUCCAAAGCUCUUCUACACGCCAUAGAUGACUCUAAAUUUUCUCUAGUUAUUUUCUCCAAAAAUUAUGCUUCUUCUUCAUGGUGCUUGGAUGAACUGGUUCAUAUCAUCCAACGCAUGGAGAAGAAGAAACAGAUUGUUCUGCCUGUGUUUUACCACGUCGAUCCAUCGGAUGUGCGCAGCGAAAGAGGAAGCUAUGCAGAUGCGUUUGUGAAACGUAAAAAAAGUUACAGUGAUUCUAUCAUACAACAAUGGAGGCUCGCUUUGACUACGGUAUCUAAUCUUUCAGGAUGGCAUGUGUCGAAUACCAGGUUCUCUUUCUCCAACUUCACUAGUACUACUGUUAUACACUAUAACAUUUCAAUUAAUAUUCCAUUAGGAGCUAAUGUGAUGAAUUAA